AGCACCGCUGCCACUGACCCUGGAUUCAUCCCGCGUUUGUGAUCUGAACCAGGAUGGAAGGCAGUUUUUGCCUCUUAUUUCCAACCUGUUUGCUUCUUCUGAAUCUACUCUCAGGAGGCACAUGUUCAGAGGCAGAGCACAAGCUCUUCUCCGUCAUAUUCUCCAACUACAACCAGUACAUCCGCCCGGUGCAGAACGUGUCCGACCCCGUCAUCGUGCAGUUCGAGGUGUCCAUGUCACAGCUGGUCAAAGUGGAUGAAGUCAAUCAGAUCAUGGAGACCAAUCUGUGGCUGAGACACAUCUGGAAUGAUUACAAGCUCAAAUGGAAUCCGAAAGACUUUGGAGGCGUGGAGUUUAUCCGAGUGCCGUCCAGCAGGAUCUGGAAACCCGAUAUUGUGCUGUACAACAAUGCCGUUGGCGACUUCCAGGUCGAUGACAAAACCAAGGCUCUGCUCCGCUAUAAUGGCGACGUCACCUGGAUCCCGCCGGCCAUAUUUAAGAGCUCCUGCAAGAUCGACGUCACGUACUUCCCCUUUGACUACCAAAACUGCACCAUGAAGUUUGGCUCCUGGACGUACGAUAAGGCCAAGAUCGACCUGGUCCUGAUCGGCUCCACCAUCAACCUCAAGGACUUCUGGGAGACUGGCGAGUGGAUCAUCAUCGACGCGCCGGGAUACAAACACGACAUCAAGUACAACUGCUGCGAGGAGAUCUACACAGACAUCACCUACUCUCUGUACAUCCGCCGCCUGCCUCUGUUUUACACCAUCAACAUGAUCAUCCCCUGCCUCCUCAUCUCUUUCCUCACGGUGCUUGUCUUCUAUUUGCCGUCUGACUGCGGCGAGAAAGUCACGCUGUGCAUUUCUGUGCUGCUGUCAUUGACCGUCUUCCUUCUCGUCAUCACAGAGACCAUCCCCUCCACCUCGCUGGUCAUCCCCUUGAUCGGCGAGUACCUCCUCUUCACCAUGAUUUUUGUCACGCUGUCUAUCGUCAUCACUGUCUUUGUGUUGAACGUCCACUACCGCACGCCAAAGACGCACACCAUGCCCUGCUGGGUGCGGAGCGUGUUCUUGGGGCUGCUCCCCAGGGUGAUGUUCAUGACCCGGCCGGAGAGGGACCCGGAGAAGGUGGCGGCGGCCGGCGGCGUUCAGGCGGCGCAUCCCAGGUGCGCCGUUCAUUCGACGGCCACGCUGCAGAAGCAGUACCGGCCUCAGGCCCUGGCCUCCAGCGUCGUCUCCACCCUGACCAGCCGGCAGCGGCUUUUCAACAACACAGAGCUCUCCAAUCUGAACAACUUGAGCGGGGACUCCAGCAAAUGUGCCAGUUCGGGGUUCCUGUGCUGUGAGGGCCGCUGCAACUGCUGCUGGCAGAAGAGAUCCACCAAACUGCCCGCAGACUCGGGGGGAGGCGGUGGGGGUCUGGGCAGCCUGGGAGCCCUGACUGGAGGCAAUGCUGCAGGCGGGGCUGGAGGGGGGAGUCACUGCUCCAGCUCCGAGUCUCUGGAUGGGGGAGUUCUGUCCAUUCUGCCGCUCUCCCCUGAGGUCCGAGAAGCCAUUGAGAGUGUUAAAUAUAUCGCAGAGAACAUGAGACUGCAGAACGAAGCAAAAGAGGUGCAGGAUGACUGGAAGUAUGUUGCCAUGGUCAUCGACCGUAUCUUCCUGUGGGUUUUUGUUCUGGUGUGUAUCCUGGGAACAGCUGGCCUCUUUCUCCAGCCUCUAUUGCUCGGGGAGGAUAUUUAAUUCAGUUUGAAAAAAGAAAAAAAAAAACCCCACAAUACUGCAGUCUGUUCAACAGCAUUUGUAAAAUACAAGAAUCUGUUCAUGGUUUAGAGAGUGGAAAUGUAAAACGGAUCCACAUUCAGGGAGAAAAGAAGAUGUGGUUCAAAGGUGA